AAAAUGUCUGCGAGGAUCCUGGAGGGGACCGACGAUUCCAGACUCCCAGCCCGCCUUCCGCUCCCGCCACGCUUUGGGGGUGAUGGGCACUGCUGAUGGCUCUUCAGAACUCAGGAUUCAUGCUGCAGUGUGUCUCACUGAGAACUUACCAUGAGGCAAUGACAGGGACCCCCCAAGGCCCACAGGACAUGGCCUAAUAUCUAAUUUAAAGACGCCGCGGAGAGAAUGAGGAGUGACGAGCCGACGACGCCCAUGGAAGACAGCUGCGGGGCCGACGGCGCCGCGGCGCAGGGCGGCCCGUGUCCCGGCCUGGCUCCCGCCCCUCCCGGCCGCCUGGGGGCGCCAUACUGCGAGGCCUGGGGGUAUUUUCACCUGGCCCCCGCGCGCCCGGGCCACGCGGCGGGCCAGUGGGCCACCUGCCGGCUGUGCGGAGAGCAGGUGAGCCGCGGCCCGGGCUUCCACGCGGGCACGCCGGCGCUGUGGAGGCACCUCAAGAGCGCGCAUCGACGGGAGCUGGAGAAGAGCUCCGCGCGCAACUCGCCGUCCGCCGCCCCGGGACUGCCGGUGCCGCCGCCGCCGCCGCCGCCUCCCGGGCUCCCCGCCGCGGCCGACGGCGACUGGGCGCGCCUGCUGGAGCAGAUGGGCGCGCUCGCCGUGCGCUGCAGCCUGCGCGAGCGCGAGCUGGCGCGGCGCGAGGCGGCGGUGGAGCAGGGCGAGCGCGCCCUGGAGCGGAGGCGCAGGGCCCUGCAGGAGGAGGAGCGCGCGGCGGCCCGGGCGCGGCGGGAGCUGCAGGCCCAGAGGGAGGCGCUGCAGGAGCGGCUGCGGGAAGUUAGCCGCCGCGAAGGCGCCCUGGCCUCUACCCCGGUGCAGACUCCGCUCAAGCAAGAGCCCUUGGGGGAGAGGGACGGCUACAUAAUUACCAAGGUCCUGUAGGUGUGGGCCGCUUUCACGCCCAACCCCGCCCGUGCCAGCGCUACUCCAGGGGUGGUGCGCGGAUCAGCCUCAUCCGGGAGCUGAGUCGCAGGCGCGCCAAGAUCUCCAAAUGUGGACCCUCGAGAAGCACUUAGGCAACCAGAGCAGAACCAAAAAUCACUUAAUGCGCUGUGUCCUCCCCGCCCCGCGGCAGGGUGCCUGGGAGCACAAGCUCCAGGCCUGGCCUCCUUUGCUGUCGGGCUUCGGUGCAGGAGGUGGUUUUCCUCCGACUGCUUUUGGAAGGACGGCUCCAUCCCACAUUGUCCGGAGUCCUUUAAUUUCCCUAUGUACCAAAGACUAUCACACCACGUGGCUGUACACCCGCCAGGGCACCCCAGGGUGGAGGGGGCAUGGAAAUGAGGAUCGGGCGUUUUAUCCCAGAAGAGUUUUAUUCAUUUCCUAACCAAUAAAUCUUUGGCGAGUUGGCUUUCCGCCACGAAGUUCUGAAAAGGGGGUCAUUUAGCUUCCACAACUGCUCUUUUACCCUGUCAUCCUAAGUGCCUCAUCAGAGCAGUCUGGGAGAACCCCUGUUUACUCCCCAGCUUGAAGACAGCACCAAGCGCUCCCUGCCUCACCCCAGCUGUUUCCUUUCCGUUUCAGACCCAGUGGCAGCUGUGGUGAGUUUCUGCCUCACACUUCUUACUAGCAAAACAUGACCCCCCUCCCUUGUUAGGAGGGGAGCUUGGUUCCCCACAUGACAGCCCUCACUUCUGGCCACAGGAGAAGACGUCUCUCCCUUCUGUGGUCACCUCCACCUCUUCCUGUUUUCAUCCAUUCGAAUGCUCUUCCACCUUUACUGGACCUUUGCUCCAUUACGGUUUCUCCUUUCCCUUGACUCAUCCCCUCCCUUCCCCAGACUACUCUUGCUCCUCAGCAGCACCCAGGCUCCCCUUGGACUAAAAAGAUAAAAGACUCGCCCAGCUUGGCUGCCCCCAGCUUAACUGUCCAAGAGGGGCCCAGUUAUCCUUGCUGCCUGUACUUCCUCCCCAUAGUUCAGCCCUUUACUAGAGGUCAGCUUCCCAUUCUACGCUGGACCCUUAAGCUGAAUAUGAUUUAUUUUCAGCCUUCAUCUUGCUAGUACAAUGAACACCCGCAUAUACCCUCCACCUAGACUGAACACUUAUUAACAUUUUGCCUUAUUUUUUCUGCCCUCUACCCAAACAUAUAUGGCAUUUCAUCCUGAAGUAUUUUGGCCUAUUUAUCCUAAUAGCCUCUAAAAUAUCCCCAUUAUCUCAAAUUGUAUCUUUCCUAAAAAACAGGGUCCAAUCAAGGUUCAUACAUUACUUUUUGAUUAUAACUUUAGUCUCUUUUGGUCUAGAAUAGCUCAUUUAUUUUUUUCCAUGACACUUUUUGAGAGUCCCAGCCCUCUGUCUUAAUAUAAGGUCCUUUAUUCUGGGUUUGUCUGAUUGUUUCCUUAAGCCGAUUUAUGUGCUCAUUCUUGGCUUAUGUGUCUCUGUGCCAGUGACUCCUGACUACCUCCAGCCUCCCAUUUUCUUCCCAAGUUCUGUCCUACGUGUCCAGUCCCUGCUGCGUGUCUUCACCCAUCCUUGUAUAGCCUGCCACUGCAGAUGGAAAGGGCAAAUCUAUUCAGUUCCACACGCCCACCCCUCACCCAAUAAUAUUUAUGGGGCUCUGAAACUGUGUUAGGCAUAUACUGCACACUGUACAUGUAUCAUUUGACUUUAUUCUCAUAACAGCUCCUUGAGGAAGUAUUAAUACCGUGCCCAUUUACAGCCAAGGAAACGGAGAUAGAGAGGGGUUAAGUAGCUUGUACAAGAUCAUGCUGGUUAGUAGCACUGAGAUCCAAAUCCAGUCUCUACCUUCCUGGCUGCUGUACUAUCUCCCUUGCUAGUCACUGAGCCGACACCAGCUUCCUCCCUAACUCUAAUUCCAGGUAAUACUGUCAGUGACAUUACCAUGUGCUGAGCAUUCACCAUAUGCCAGAGCUGUGCCAAAUGCUUUACAGGAAUAAGUGCAUGGGAAGCAACCCCAUGACAUCAUUAUUCUCAUGCCCAUUUGGCAGAGGAAAAGACAAGCUCAGGGAACUAAGUAACGGUGAGGAAGAGUGGGAUUUGAAUUCAUCUCACUGAGGGACACCUGGGUGGCACAGUGGGUUGAGCAUCCGACUCUUGAUUUGGGCUCAGGUCAUG